GUUUAAUAUGAACUCCUCCUCUCUCUUUGGAAUCUGGCUUUCUGUUCCUCUGAUCUUAUCCUGGGUAACCCCACAAGUCAGCUCUUCAUGGUGAUCAUUCCGGCUUUGACAACCUGGAAAAAGCCAAAUUCUUGCUCGAAAGAGUGAUCGGAUGUUGGUUUAUUUGGAUCCAGGAUAAAGGCAGCAAAAUGAGUCAAAUUCACAUCCUGUGGGGAGAAAGACUAACCGAAUCUCUGGCACAUACGUGUGUGUCUGUGUGCGUCUCUCUGUGUACAUGAGAGCUGUGGGCUCCUCAAGGGUCAUGUGUGACAACGUGCCGGGCCUGGUCAGCCGCCAACGUCAGCUGUGCCACCGGCACCCGGAGGUGAUGCGCUCCAUUGGCCUGGGCGUGGCAGAGUGGACUGCCGAAUGUCAGCACCAGUUUCGACAGCACCGCUGGAAUUGUCACACCCUAGACAGAGACCACAAUCUCUUUGGCAAGGUCCUGCUCCGAAGUAGUCGAGAGGCCGCCUUUGUGUAUGCUAUCUCCUCCGCUGGAGUCGUAUAUGCCAUCACCAGGGCCUGUAGCCAGGGAGAGUUAAAAUCGUGCUCCUGUGACCCUAAGAAGAAAGGAACUUCCAAAGAUAGCAAAGGCACUUUUGAUUGGGGUGGAUGCAGUGAUAACAUUGACUAUGGGAUCAAAUUUGCCCGAGCAUUUGUGGAUGCCAAGGAAAGGAAAGGAAAAGAUGCUCGAGCACUGAUGAACCUUCACAACAACAGAGCCGGAAGGAAGGCUGUAAAGCGGUUCUUGAAACAAGAAUGCAAAUGCCAUGGGGUGAGUGGAUCCUGCACCCUGAGGACCUGUUGGCUGGCCAUGGCUGACUUUAGAAAGACGGGAGAUUAUCUUUGGAAGAAGUACAAUGGGGCCAUCCAGGUAGUCAUGAAUCAAGAUGGCACUGGUUUCACUGUGGCUAACAAGAGAUUUAAGAAACCAACUAAAAAUGACCUGGUCUAUUUUGAGAACUCUCCAGACUACUGUAUCAGGGACCGAGAUGCAGGUUCCCUGGGUACUGCAGGUCGUGUGUGCAACCUGACCUCCCGUGGCAUGGACAGCUGUGAGGUCAUGUGCUGCGGAAGGGGCUACGACACAUCCCGGGUCACUCGAAUGACCAAAUGUGAGUGUAAGUUCCAUUGGUGCUGUGCUGUGCGCUGUCAGGACUGUUUGGAGGUGGUGGAUGUGCACACGUGCAAAGCCCCCAAGAGUCCCGACUGGGUGGCACCCACAUGACCCACGCAUCAACCAGCUGCCUUUUCUCCCCUGGGACUCAAUCUGAUCUGCAGAGACACUGGACUUUGGGGUUCCCCUGCAGGGGAGCAUGUUUCUAAAGUGUACGGCAGGCACUUUGACUCACCAGAAGCCACCUCUCCCUUCCUGGGUGCCUCCAGGACUGUGUAGUGCAUAUGAGUUAUAUCCUAUUCUAUUUACAUUACUGGGUUGUAGCACUUCCCUGUAACAUAGCUAUGGAAUAUCAUGAGGUCUUUUGUACUCUUGGGAGGGGUUUUUUUGUGGGGAGGUGGGGAAGAAGAGAUAGAACUUGUCUUUGCACUACCCAAACUUCCCUCAAGAAGCUGACCAGGGAAGAAAGGCGUUCAAAUGAUGUUUCUCUGUCUUUCAACCGAAUGCUCACAGCAAAGUGAUCUCGUGAGAAUUUCAUACAACUUCCACUAAAUUAUCUCAUAGUUCCUAGAAGGACCAUAACAAGCUUUUUUACUUUGUUGUUUUUGGUCUGAUCAAGAGAUUUUAAGAGACGCCAGCAUCAUCUGGUAAUUGGUAACUAACAUGGUUUAAAUACACGACAAAUCUGAAAUGUGUGUUUUCCCAAGGCCAUUUGAAUUCAGCAUUAAUACCCGGUUUAAUAAAAUGGGAGAAAGCUCA